ACUGUGGUGAUUGGAGGCGGCCCUGUGAGGAUACAUGCAUUAGAAAUAACAUUAUGGUUUUGUGUUUUGAGACCUAAUGGAAACGACACGCCUAACCACAGAGAUGUGACACGGAUGAAGCCCACAGUUUCCCCCUCGGUGUGUUUGUGUCAGAGGAAGGGAGGGCCCAGACAGACAGCGUGGCUGCUUUGUCGCAGCAACACAACUUGUCCAGUCGACCAGCAGUUCAGCUGCUCACAACAUCCUCAGGUUGAGUCCGACUGACUGGACAUGCGGCUCUCUCUUCAUCUUCUGUAACGCUACACUUCAAAAUCCGACACACAAGAAGAUUUACUGUCGGUGCUGAGUGACGGCUGCUGUCACGGAGAGCUGGCGCAGAGUUGACAGAUAACAGGCUGCUUCGCCCGGCGCCGGGAGCCACCAACCGGCCGUUGGGAACCGGAGGGGUUGGCUAGCUGGAAGGCUAGCUGGCUGACAUUAGCCGGGGAGAGCCUUUCUGCCCUGCGUCCUCAAACACGUCGCAACGCCAACCCAAAAGGUGACAGGGUGAAGAUGAAGUGAAACAUGAAGGGCGGAACUGUCCUAUCAUCUAAAUAGGAGGGCGUCUCUCUAAGGUUGUGCUCUGCAGCUUAACCGUGUGACUGAGCUGAGAGACAAAGAGGAAGAUGCCUCCCAGGCCAUCCUCAGGGGAGCUAUGGGGCAUCCACUUAAUGCCUCCAAGGAUCCUAGUGGACUGCCUGCUUCCCAAUGGGAUGAUUCUGACCCUGGAGUGUCUCCGUGAGGCCACGCUCAUUACCAUCAAACAUGAGCUGUUUAAGGAGGCCAGAAAAUAUCCCCUCCAUCACCUUUUACAGGAGGAAACAUCCUACAUCUUUGUCAGUGUUACACAGGAAGCAGAGCGGGAGGAGUUCUAUGAUGAGACUCGGAGGCUGUGUGACCUCCGACUCUUCCAGCCUUUCCUCAAGGUCAUUGAACCAGUUGGCAACAGAGAGGAAAAGAUCCUCAAUAGAGAGAUUGGUUUUGCUAUUGGUAUGCCAGUGUGUGAGUUUGACCUUGUGAAGGACCCUGAGGUUCAGGACUUCAGGAGAAACAUCCUGAAUGUUUGUAAAGACUCUGUGGAGCUGAGGGAUGCCAGUGGGCCUCACAGUAGAGCGCUGUAUGUUUACCCACCCAAUGUAGAAUCGACACAGGAACUUCCCAAACACAUCUAUAGCAAACUGGACAAAGGUCAGAUUAUUGUGGUAAUAUGGGUGAUUGUUUCUCCGAACAAUGACAAGCAAAAGUACACAUUGAAGAUCAACCAUGACUGUGUGCCUGAACAGGUGAUUGCAGAGGCCAUUCGUAAGAAGACACGCAGCAUGCUGCUAUCCCCAGAGCAGCUAAAGAUGUGCGUUCAGGAAUAUCAGGGUAAAUACAUCCUCAAAGUUUGUGGCUGUGAUGAGUACCUGCUGGAAAAGUACCCCAUCAGCCAAUACAAGUAUAUCCGUAGUUGCAUCAUGCUGGGCAGGAUGCCUAACCUGAUGCUAAUGGCUAAAGACAGCCUGUACACCCAGUUGCCUACAGACAACUUUGUCAUGCCGUCAUACUCUCGACGCAUCUCCACGGCAACAUCGUAUAUGAAUGGUGAGGCAGCUGCCAAGUCGCUUUGGACCAUCAACGGGACUCUGCGAAUACGAAUCCUCUGUGCCACCUAUGUUAACGUCAAUAUACGGGACAUUGACAAGAUAUAUGUGAGGACAGGCAUUUACCAUGGAGGUGAACAAAUGUGUGACAAUGUCAACACACAGAGGGUACCCUGCUCCAAUCCCAGGUGGAAUGAGUGGCUCACCUAUGAUAUGUACAUCCCAGACAUCCCCCGUGCUGCCAGACUGUGCCUCUCCAUCUGCUCUGUCAAGGGCAGAAAGGGAGCCAAGGAGGAGCACUGUCCGCUAGCUUGGGGUAAUAUCAACUUGUUUGAUUAUACUCACACUCUGGUGGCCAACAAGAUGGCUCUUAACCUCUGGCCCGUUCCUCACGGCCUGGAAGACCUGCUCAACCCCAUAGGAGUCACUGGAUCUAACCCCAAUAAGGAAACGCCAUGUCUGGAGCUGGAGUUUGACCAUUUUAGUAGUCCAGUCAAAUACCCAGACAUGAACUCAGUGGAAGAUCAUGCAAACUGGACUAUCUCAAGGGAGCUGGGGUUUAACUACAACCUCUCAGGACAGAGUAAUCGUGUGGCCAGAGAUCACGCCCUGACAGAGAGUGACACUGAGCAGCUAAGGCAGUUGAGUAACAGGGACCCUCUGUCAGAAAUCACUGAGCAGGAGAAAGACUUUCUCUGGCGACACAGGCACUACUGCAUGAACAUCCCAGAGAUCCUCCCCAAGAUCCUUCUUGCUGUGAAAUGGAAUUCCAGAGAUGAAGUAGCACAGAUGUACUGCCUGUUAAAGGAAUGGCCAUCUAUCCGUCCUGAGCAGGCCAUGGAGCUACUGGACUGUAACUAUCCAGACCCCAUGGUCAGACACUUUGCUGUACGCUGCCUUGACAAAUACCUGACGGAUGAUAAACUCUCCCAGUAUCUAAUCCAGCUUGUACAGGUAUUAAAAUAUGAGCAGUAUCUUGACAAUCCCCUGGCCCGCUUUCUCCUCAAAAAGGCCCUGACCAAUCAAAGGAUAGGACAUUUCUUCUUCUGGCAUCUCAAGUCAGAAAUGCACAAUAAAACAGUGAGCCAGAGGUUUGGACUGCUGUUAGAGGCUUACUGCAGGGCCUGUGGAAUGUACCUCAAACACCUGAGCAGACAGGUAGAGGCUAUGGAGAAGCUCAUAAACCUCACCGACAUCCUUAAACAGGAGAAGAAGGAUGAGACGCAGAAGGUCCAGAUGCGGUUUCUUGUGGACCAGAUGAAGAGACCAGACUACAUGGAUGCUCUGCAGAACUUCACUUCUCCUCUCAACCCUGCACAUCAACUGGGAAACCUGAGGUUAGAUGAAUGUAGGAUCAUGUCAUCCGCAAAGAGGCCAUUGUGGUUGAACUGGGAGAAUCCCGACAUCAUGUCUGAGUUGCUCUUUCAGAAUAAUGAGAUAAUCUUCAAAAAUGGAGACGACUUGCGCCAAGACAUGCUGACGUUGCAGAUUAUUAAAAUCAUGGAGAAUAUUUGGCAGAAUCAAGGACUGGACCUACGGAUGUUGCCCUAUGGCUGUCUGUCAUUAGGAGACUGUGUGGGUCUCAUAGAGGUGGUUCGCAGCUCCCACACCAUCAUGCAGAUUCAGUGUAAAGGAGGUUUGAAAGGAGCCCUGCAGUUCAACUCGAAUACUUUGCAUCAGUGGCUCAAGGACAAGAACAAGGGCGAGAUGUAUGACAUGGCUGUAGAUCUGUUUACAAGGUCCUGUGCUGGCUACUGUGUAGCUACAUUUAUCCUCGGGAUAGGAGACAGGCACAACAGCAACAUCAUGGUCAAAGAUGAUGGACAGUUGUUUCAUAUAGAUUUUGGCCAUUUCCUGGAUCACAAGAAGAAGAAAUUUGGCUACAAGAGAGAGCGAGUCCCCUUUGUACUGACACAAGACUUCCUCAUUGUCAUCAGCAAAGGAUCGCAAGAAUGCGCAAAGACCAAAGAGUUUGAAAGGUUCCAGGAAAUGUGUUAUAAAGCUUACCUGGCCAUUCGGCAGCACGCCAACCUCUUCAUCAACCUGUUCUCCAUGAUGCUGGGCUCUGGCAUGCCUGAGCUGCAGUCAUUUGAUGACAUUGCAUACAUCAGAAAGACACUAGCCCUGGAGAAAAGUGAGCAGGAGGCAUUGGACUACUUUAUGAAACAGAUGAAUGAUGCUCACCAUGGAGGGUGGACCACCAAGAUGGACUGGAUAUUCCACACAAUCAGACAGCAUGCACUAAACUGAUCUCCCGCACACACACAAAAUCCACCGUCCCACCGUGGGAAUAUUUGCUUUGCUCAGCCAGAUGCAGCUUAGUCUUUCAUGGAGUUUCCCUCUGCCUCCACAAGCCGCUCACUGAUGAUGGAAGUUUGAUGUUUUUCAACAGCAUUGUUGUUUUCUUCAUUUUCUUGACAUCAUUAUCUGCCUUUUAGUGUGGUCUUGGUGAUGCCCUCACACUUAUCCUCUGCUUGUUAUAUACAUGAGAGCAUCGUCCUUAUGUCUCUGUGAAGAUGUGUCCUACCUGGCUGAUGCUUGUCUCCCUUUCUACUAUGCUUCCGCAGUUUUUUCUUCCAAAAUGGAACAAACUGGGAAACCGAGGAAUUUCUACCCCUAUACUUUGCUGCUCUCAGAGGAAAAACAGAUUGGACAAAACAACAUAAAGAAGAUAUAUGUGCCAAGGUAUAAAUGUAGCCACAAAGUAAGUUCAACUUGCUACCCUUCUGCUGUAUUCGAGCUGCACUGUGGCUCCACCCAGAGAGAAGUUGCUUGGGAAACUUUUGUUUAAAUCUUAUCACUGUUGAGAAGACAGCGGGCACAAGGAACUGUCUAAAUUGUUUGACGUAAUAACAGUAUUACUCAAAUUUGUUUUACUGUACAGGAUUACUGGUGUAUGGGAGCUUCUAUGAUGUCUUCCACCAUCUUUGCCGUAAAGUUGCCCUUCAGAGAUGAUUUGACGUCAGCUUUCCCACCUUUUAAUUCCUCAUGUGAAAAAUUUCAAGGCUCAAAAACUGCAGAAGAGUCUUUGGGUUGUUUUGCACAGCUCGACAGUCUCCCACGGCCUCCAAGAAACAGCACUGCACCUUUGGGAAAUGGUGGUGCAGCUUUAGACUCUUGCAUAAACUUCAGGGUGAUGAUGCCUCUCCAUCAGAAACAGCACUUACCAGAAUAAUAUACAGAUUUAUUAUGACUUUUUAAAUUUAUUUAUGUAUCUAGUUUCUUUCAGUUUCCACAAAAGCAAACCCCAACUCUUCAGAAACAUGCUAUUGUUGGUGUAAAUAUCUUUGGAAUUUCAUGUAUUUGUGCUGCCUGUUGGCACCUUUUUCUAACUGCCAGGAGCGCAACCACUUCCCCCUGUUUAGCUCAUAUUAACAGAUUAACACUGCUGAUGCUUUUUUAGCCUCCGUUUCCUUUUAAGUUAUACAUCUAAUUUGGCCUUAUCAGCAGCCCAAUUUGUUUCAUUGUGGCUAUUUUGCAGCCGUACUCAGAAUAAUUUGUUUAGGGAUGUAAAAUGGAAAGGGUGAAAGUGCCAAUCUCACAUUUUAUGAAUAAUGGGACCUAUAUUAAGCCUCUGGCUGUCUAUUUUGUUGGCAAGCAGAGGUCCAGGGGAAUGUCACGUCUUCCUCUCGAUAAAAUGCCUUGGCAUCACAGCACAACACUCCACACUGCUAAGCCCCACAAAUUCUGCCUAAGCAAGCUGUAGUAAGAAAACCAUGAUCGCUAUAUUUAGUCUAAAGGCAGAGUUUGUAGGAAAAGGUAGACUUCAUGUUGAUGGGUUUUAGCUUAUCUCACAUUAGAAUGUCUUUAAACUGUUGACUCGAGCGCAAAAUAUAUCUCAUUAUGUGUUUAUGACACAUUCAGUAAAUAAUUUUUAUCCAGAAGACACUUCACUGAGUCCAUAACCCUGACAGUAUUUGAGCCAUGCUUUCUUUAGUGAGGUGCCAUUAAAGUCAUGCUGCACACCUCAGCCUCAGUGAAAGUGAAGUUACAGCAUCUUAAUGAAGCAGCACUGUGGGCGAGCUUUAGUUAAGAGAGCAAUUUCAACAAUUCUUUUCAGUUUGAUUGGAUAGAUCUAAAGAGGACCUGGCUUCGUAAACGCAGAGCCUUAUAGAGCCUCAGAUGGGUGACAAAUUAUUGGAAAAACCUGAUCUACCAUGUUCUGUCACCAGAUAGCAACCCAGCUGAACCCCUAUACCAACAUCAAAACACCAAACGGGGGAAUACCUUUUGGAGGAGUAGUGUUCCAUCUCGCCAGUAGAGUUGCAGAGACAGAGAAUCAAUGCCAAGGUGCAUUGAAGCUGUUCUUGUGGCCCAACCUUUUUACUAAGGCAGUUUAUGUUGUUUUUGUCUUUAAUUUGUCUUCUGUCGUGUAUAGGAUUGGUUUCCACCUGAACCUCCUACACUUCUACUGUUAGGUCAAGGAGCAGAGAAUGAUUGUGAAAUAAAUAAAUCAGGCCUUAGCCACAUUAGUGUAAACAUUUGACAACCUGACACACAUUGGAACAGAGUGAGGUUAUCUGAUCGGCACAAUCAUGCCAUAUGAUUAAUGAUUAAUUUCUGCAUACAACAUGAGUCAGGAAGAAAAGAGGGUGAAAUUUGAUCUGAAAAUACUCUUUUACACUUUGUUACAUGUAUUUGGUAUAUAGCAAAAGAUAAACAUGACAUCCUAAAUGGCAGUAAACAACUUAUCAGUUGAACUGAAAAACCCAUAUGGCGUGCUUCACUAAGGAGAGAACGUGGUAUUUUACAAGAAAGACAUGUGAAUGUGGAUAUAGCUAGGUCAGGGCUGCACAGUAGCUCAGUGGUUAGCACUGUCGCCUCACAGCUAGAAGAUCCCAGAGUGGGCCUGGGAUCUUUCUGCAUGUUCUCCCUGUGCAUGCGUGGGUUUUCUCCGGGUUCCUCCCACAGUCCAAAAACAUGCUGAGGUUAAUUGGUAACUCUAAAUUAGUGUUAUUGUUAGUCUCCAUAUGUAUCCCUGUGAUAGACUGGUGACCUGUCCAGGUAUCCACUGCCUUUACUUUAAGUCAUCUGGGAUAGACUCCAGCCCCCCACGACCCUAAUAAGGAUUAAGCGGUGUAUAGAUAAUGGAUGGAUGGAUUGGUUAUCCUCUUAGUGAUCCUAGAGCUUGAAAGUCUGUGUGUUAAGUCUGAACUUUGCCAGUUAAAUUGUUGAUUGUAUUGAAAAGCCAAAGUUGUGGUCUGCCCACAUGUGGUGUCAUAUUAUCACAGCAUUAAUGUACUUAAUGGCAAACAUGGACCUUACGUGCGCUCAUCGUUUUGCAUCAGUCACGUUUUUUCUCUAAAGUCAGAUGCAGUGCCAUUAAACACACAGUAGGAGCGCUUCUGUCAUCCGUUACUCCUUCAUUUUCCUAACGUGCCAAAUCAGGCAUCACUGAUGCCUGUGAAAGCUAAUGCUGGAGCUGCAUCAUGCAGAAAGGCAUAUCAUUGAUAGAAUCUGAAAAAAAAAAAGUUGGAGUAUGCACUUAAAAAUCUUAGUUCUCAAUGCCUUUUUGUCCAGAAAGAAGCAGAAAGUUAGCCUAGUAUGCAUGUUUCUCAAGAUGCAUAACCAGUGUGUAUGAUGUACAUUUUGAAGCAGCAUUAAGCAGUAUGUAUGUACAGUGGCAGUUGAAUCUCUUUUUCUAUUGUAGGCUUCAUGUGUGACAAACCUGUAGUGUUGUUAUCUUUAAUAUAUAUCCUUUCUCAUGUAUCCUCCAAAUGAUGUGAGUGUGUUUGUGUGCCCACAUGCAUUAACUGUCUUUCUGUACGGGUUGCAGAGCUUCAUUGGCAGGCCCCAAUGAAAACCCACACUAUGUUUGUCCAUGUGUCUGUGUGUGAUGACACUUAGCUAUUGCGGUGAGGGUGUCUUUAAAUGUUUUGUAAAUCUUUAAUUUUUUUCCACUGACUGGUUUGUGCCAGAGAAGAAAAACAAAAAAUGCUGAAGUUUUUGCAUCAUUUGAAAGGAUACAUUCAGAAGGGGAAACUUUUUUCAUACAUGUGUUGCAUAUGUUUUACUUGAACUUUCAUGAAACGGAACCACAGCUGUAUUUUGUUGGUUUAGAGCUGAGAUGCUGGGUGCAGUGUCUGUUUAGUAGUGAUUGUGAGUGAGCGAGUGUGUUUGUGUAUUGUACUGUAUGUAAGCACCGAAGGCUGAAGCAUUGUGUUCAGGCUUGUUAGUUCAAUACCAGUAGUGAAUGUUCAUGAUGCCACAGUCCUACAGUCCUACUUCUUAAAUUAAUGAAGGACGAAUGUGUGCUUGAGGCCAAAUUUUUUAGAUCAUUCGCUGUGACGAUUCCCACAGAAUUUCAUAAUCUUCAACCUCAAAAUUGUAAGAAUGGCGUCCAAAGCCUGCCGUAAAUGGCAGUUGUCGCAUCUUCCUAAAACAUGUUUGUUUCAAAACUCUCCUGAUCCCCAGCUUUGAUGCUGAAGUGAUGCAGGACUUCUGCAGUAACAGCUGCACUAAUUUUUCCUCCCUGAAGUAAAGCCUUUAGCGGCACCCACGCUUUGUCGCUCAUAACGGUCAUGUGGCUCAGCAAUAAAAACACAUGCUCGGAUUUACAAGUCUGCCUAUUACAGGAUCAGGUAAAGUGGGUUUAUCUGUUUUUGUUGCUAAGCCAGCUCAACUGUCAGCAAUCAGCAGAAGACUGUGUCACAAUUAUACAAAUUGAUUUUAUCUGCUAGUUCAUUAUAAUAUGUAGAAAAGUUUUGUUGAUCGACUGUGUCAAGCCUUAUUUGUGUGCAAUGAAAUACUGAAAAGUUGAACUAAGAGAGGAAGGAAAUCUCUUACUUUUGUCCCUGCUAUCAUUUGAUCUGUGCUCUGAUUCCAAGACAAACUGGACACAAUAACAGGAACACCCAGAAAAUGUAAUGCGGUUCAGUGCAAUAUCCAUGCAGUAAAUGCUGCCUUUGUGAAGCUUCUAGUGUCCUGUUUUAGUGACCGUCAGACGAGUCUGUAUUCGAAGGUGUCCAUUCCUGCUUCUGUUUGUUCACCUGAUGGCCAGGUGUUCAUGUUCUUGUGUCCACCACAGAUACAUGAAGAACACAGCAGAAACAUUUUCAUCUCUUUAUCUUUGUGUAAAACUGUCAAAUUCACAGUUCUGUCCUUGUUUAAACACAGAAUGUGUUUUUAAAGAGCCAUUAAAUGGACUGCGAACACAACGGAUGUCAAGGGUUUUGAACUCUUCAAUUUGCAGAAAAAAAAAAUCUGCCUUGGAUCAAAGAGAAAUCAAUUACAAUGCUGAUGAUUUGUAAUCCAUUUCUAAGCUUCUGGAAUGUCCCAAAUUUUUGGAAAUGUGGACUAAAUGGUUUGUGGUGUCAUGUUAUUUUCAGUAUGCAGUACUCUGAACUACAUUACAUUGCGUCACUAAUGUAUUUCCGUAACAUGCCAUGCUGUCAGAACUUUAACCUAUACUAUGAAUGAAUGUACAAUGGGCCAAUGUAUUGUUUUUCACAGCCGACCUGCAUGAGAUUGGGUGAAGAUGAAUAUUCUUCUUGCUACAUUUAGUUGUUUUUUUUACGUAGUCUAACAGGCAGCCAUACAAAUAUUUAUAAAUUAAUGCCUUAAGUUUGCUCCCUGUAGUUUCUAGGACAGGUUCACCCUCACAAUAACCUGAGUUUUUAUUUAUAAAUGUAUAUUGUGUUUCGUUUUUGGCUCGCUGGUCACAGAGUAAAGGUUUGUACCCUGACUGACUGACUGACUGGUCAUCUGAGUGUUCUGUGAAGAUGUACAAAUAAAUUUGUUAAUUAUU